AUGGCAGGUAUUGGUUCGGUGGUGACUGCUGGAGAAGCUCACUGGCAGAAUGGUGUGGCUGAAGACAUGAUCAAUACCGCAAAGAGGACAAUGCGUAGACUGCGAAAUGAGGACAUGAAUAUGUCACCUGAAUCUGUCGGAUGUUUGGCAGCAUAUGCACACAACCAUACGGAUCGUUGCAAGGGUUUCUCUCCUAUCCAAUGGUGCUAUGGCGUCGAUCCUGAUGCCAGUGAAAACCCGAUGGAUCCACUAUUCUGGAACAAGGAGAACAUGUUUGGUUCCAAAGUGUUUGCAGAUCUUCAGCGAAUGCGGGACAAGGCAGAAGAGAUCAACCGAGAAGAGCGGGCGAGAACUACUACAUCAAGAUUGUUGAAUGCAGCCCCAAGACCAGCACUUAAGUAUGAGAUUGGUGAUCAUGUCUGCAUUUGGAGAUCAGCUACUUUGAAGGCCAGAAAACGGGAUGAGACAUACAACCCAGAGGCACGAUUUAUCGGGCCUGGCAGGGUGAUCCUCAUUGAGCCAACUGUUGAACCAGAUAGAAGAGAAGGUGUGAUAUGGGUCCUCUUUGGAGCUAGAAUCUAUCGAUGUGCUCCAGAGCAACUCAGAUUGGCAACAACAGCUGAAGUCACCAUGGAGAUGCUCAAAGGAACCAAGAUCACCUCCACUCCGAAGCAAGAUAUGAUCAGACUUCUCAAGAGCUAUGUGGAUGUGACCAAGGAAGCACAAGAUGUUCCACCUCCCAUGAGAACUACCCAUGAAGAUGAAUCUAUGCCGCCUGCAGACUCUCAUGAAGAAUGGCAAGAAGAAAUGAGACGUGGAACGAAACGGAGUGGUAUGCCAGAUGAACAUGAGAACAUUUCACCGGAGGAACGCAAGAAACGUGAAGUGAAAGAGUUGACAAGAAGAUGGAAUCAGCUGGUGUCAGUGAACAACAAUCGCAGAAGAGAAGGGUUACCACCCAUGAUGGAACUUCCUGAAGUAGCAGACCGAGCACCAGAUGAACUUUUCCCUAGACAAGACCCAAGUGCAUCAGUGCAUGCGAUCCAAAUGAUGGAGGAUGAGAACACUGUCACCACAACAUCACCUGGCGUGCUGAAAACCGAAGACUUCCUGGCAAUUUACCGAAGGCUUGACAAAGAAGUGCAAGAAGCCAUUCAGAAUGAAAUCCGAAAGGAAUAUGAUUAUUCACAAGAAACUGCAUUGCUGAUUCAGAAGAUUACAGACGAGAAACAUGAGGAACACCAACUUCUUUCCAUAUUACAAGAUGAGUAUGAUCAGGGCAAGUCAGCAUGGUUCAUUGAGUUCGACUUGGAUCAAGAUUCUAUGAAUGCUUUUGUAGCAAACUCCACGCUUUACGUGAAGAAGGUUCUAGAGAGAAAAGGAACUGAAGUUAGGUACGACCAACUCAACAGCGAACAGAAAUCCUUGUUUGAUGAGGCCAAAGCACGUGAGGUGUCAGAAGUCAUUCAGUCGAUGGCUUUGCGGCGUAUCACAGAGGAGGAAGAGAAAUUGGUGGAGCGACACAAGGACAGACAUAUUCCUAUGAGGAUCUUUUGGCUUGAUGCUGAUCGAAAACUGAAGGCAAUUGGAGCAAUCGCAAAUCCCUUAGAUCGUUGCAUGUGGUAUGUAAAAGAUUCCAACGGUGUGGUGUGCGGAAGGUUAGGAUCUCAAGUGGAUGAUUUUCUCUUUGGAGGAGACAUGCAGAAUCCAGCGUGGGUGGAUUUUCGAGAGCGUUUUCGCAGCAUGUAUCGUUGGAGCCCAUGGCAACAAGGUGAGUUCGAGUUUUCAGGUUGCAAAUUGUCUCAAACUAUGACAUAUUCCAUUCAUGUCAGUCAAGAAGAUUUUUGCAACAGUUUGAAACCAGUGGUUAUUGAAAACGAGAAGAGCCGAUCCUCCAGUGAUUCUUUGACCCCACAUGAGGUCAGUCAGACAAGAGCUCUGCUGAUGAAAGCACAGUGGAGGGCAUUACAAUCAGCCCCACAAUAUUGUGCCCGUAUAAGUUUGGCAAGUUCAGAAAUCAACAAACCCACCUUGCGUUUGCUGCAGGAAGCGAAUCACAUUAUGCGUGAUCUCCGGAAGACGGCGAAGGAGGACAUUAGCAUUGCCGAAGCUGAGGACAAAGGGUGGAAGGCAAGACUUCUCUGGAGCAUUAUGUAUGGAAUGCCUUUGAUGAGAGAUAAUGCAUACGAAUUGGCUGCACAACUGCGAAGAUUGGCAGCUGUACAGAAAGCCAACAUAGCCAACACUUUGGAAGAGUGGUGUGAAGAUCCUUUUUCCAGAACUUUUGGCGUGGAUAUAAUUCGAUGA